ACAGGGGUCCGCCCUCCCGCGCCCCUGCCUGGCGGCGUGUGGCAGCCCGGGUCCUCUCGCGCGCUCCUCGUGUCCGUCGCUCAGUCCAAGAGCAACCCUCGCACAGACAGGAAGUUCUCACCGCUGCGCGACAAUCAUGACAGAAGCCAAGAAGGAUUACCGGGAACUCCCGACGGGGGAGGCGGCGGCGGCCAAGGACGAGACGGAGGUGGUCGGCCUCAAGCCCAAGAUGACGCUGCUGAACGGCAUCACGGUGAUCGUGGGCUCCAUCAUCGGCUCGGGCAUCUUCAUCUCGCCGACGGGCGUGCUGCUCAACACGGGCAGCGUCGGCAUGUCCCUCAUCGUGUGGAUCGCCAGCGGCGUCUUCUCCAUGAUCGGCGCCUACUGCUACGCCGAGCUGGGCUGCAUGAUCCAGAAGACGGGCGCCGACUACGCCUACAUCAUGGUGGGCUUCGGCCCCUUCAUGGCCUUCAUGAGGCUGUGGAUCGAGUGCAUGAUCGUGAGGCCGUGCUCGCAGACCAUCGUGGCGCUCACCUUCAGCGUGUACAUCAUGAAGCCGUUCUUCCCCAACUGCGCUCCGCCCGACGACUCGGCUCGCCUACUCGCCGCCGUCUGCAUCCGAACUAUCUCAACUUCGUCAUUGAGGAGCUGAAGGACCCCGUUCAGAACUUGCCCAAAGCCAUCUACAUCUCCAUCUCCCUGGUGACCGUGGUUUACGUGCUCGCGAACGUGGCCUUCUACACCACGCUGUCACCCGCGGAGGUCCUCGGGUCGGAGGCCGUGGCUGUGACUUUUGCAAAUAGGUUGUAUGGUUACAUGGCUUGGAUUAUGCCAUUUUUUGUGGCGUGUUCGACCUUCGGAGCUGUCAACGGCGUGCUGCUAACCUCCUCCAGGUAUUGGUGUGGGGAUGAUUGCAACAGGUGUCCCUGUAUAUUUCUUGUUCAUCUACAUCAGGAAACCAGAGCCAAUCAAGAAAAUGCUAAGAGCACUGGAUGGAUUCAUGCAGAAACUCAUGAUGGUUUGCAAACCAGAAAAACCAGCCAGCUUGUAAGGACC